AUGGCGGCUUUCAAAGGAAAGGUUUUCGCGGUUACUGGCGCCGCUUCUGGGAUCGGACUGGCGACCGUGUGCCUCCUCUACUCGCGAGGAGCUUCUCUCGCGAUCUCAGACAUUCAAGGAGACGCAGUCCAGCAAGUGGCAGACUCCAUUCACCCCAGUCGCAUAUCGGACGACCAGGAAGUGGUCGCGUCGACGGUGGAUGUGACCAAAUCCGACGAGGUCAACUCCUGGAUCCAGGACGUCCUCCGCCGCUUCGGACGGCUCGACGGAGCCGCGAACAUUGCUGGCGUUGAAACCCAUGGCAUCCCUUUUUCCGAAACGACGGACGAGAGUUGGGAGUUUGUCAUGGGCGUCAACGCAACCGGCGUUUUCAAGUGUCUGCGGGCUGAGCUUCCCCAUAUUCAAUCCGGUGGAGCGGUCGUCAAUGUGGCCUCGAUUGUAGCGCUCAUGGGAGUCCCCGAAAUGGUCUCCUAUUCAGCAAGCAAACAUGCCGUCGUGGGCAUCACCAAGUCAGCAGCAAAGGAGUACGGGUCGAAGGGCAUUCGCGUUAAUGCUGUUGCACCGGGCCUCGUCGCCACUCCCAUGCUGCAGAAUAUGCGAGCCAGCGGUAUGACACUUCCGAACAGCCAUUUGCCCUUGUCUCGUGACGCAGACCCCAAGGAGAUAGCAACCGUCAUUGCAUUUCUGCUGGGGGAGGAUUCAUCUUAUAUGACGGGGCAUGUUGCUCUUAUUGACGGUGGCUAUUUGUCGUGA